AUGCGACAAGACCUCGAGGGCUCAAGAAUGGUGCUGGACUUAUCUCUUGACUACCUGGCUUUCAUCACCACAGCUACCGAUGAGCUCUUGAAGAAGACCGACAUCGAAGAGAUCCAAGUCAAUCACAUUGUCAUGCAUUACGGCCAUGUCCAGGAAGAAAAAAGCAGUUGUGCCACGCACAACGACUCCACGACCAGAUUCCUUGGAGCCGUCCUUGGGCGACUCGCGCCGCAGUCUAAGGCAUGCCCCAUUGCACGAAAAUACGAUGUCAUCAUCGUCUCAAUCACCAGCUCUAACGUUUCCGUUAUCCACAAAAAGAUCACGUGCGACAAGGUCGCUGUAGCGAAGGAAAACCGAAAGAACCUCGAUGUCAGCUCACGGGUGGGCGUAGAUCGCAUACUCGCCAAUGUGCCCGCCGAGGCCACAGCCAGCGAUGUCGAAAGGAUACUUUGGGAAGGUGCAAAUCCAAUGGUAGCCCAUGCCGAAUUUGGAUAUUUCUUCAUCCGCGCUGCAUACGAGAUGUCGCCAGACAUUCUCAGAGUGUUGCUUGACUUUGGCGCGGACAUCACGAAAACUAUGCCUUUGCCGAACAUCUACCACUCCGUUAUGCACGCAGCAACUCUGGGAGCACAACUACCGACUCUGGAGUACCUUUUGUCUCUGGGCCAUUCGAUUGACAUGCUGAACGCUGUGGGCGAGACACCGUUGGUUUUGGCGACGAAGACGCCCGGGUGCUUCGAGGUGGCGAAGUAUCUGCUGGAUCAGGGCGCGGAUGUCAAUCAUGAAACGGAAGAUGGCGAGACGCCGCUGUAUCUUGCGCUCACGGGGAAAGCCGUCGAGGGGAGGGAGAGGAGUCGCAUGAUUGAGAUGCUGCAGCAGUAUGGGGCGGAGGGAAAUGUACAUAUGGGAGAUGGUGGAAGAGGAGAAAGGGACAAGAAAGGGAGGAUGGUGCUAGGUAUCACUUGA